AUGUUACAGGAGCUGUCAACCGAUAAGGAUCCGCCAACAGGGAAUUAUACAAGUCAGCAGGAAAUGAGCUACAAGGAGAAGCAAGACGCACCCUAUGCUCCAACAGAGAAUCCACCACAUUCACGGGCUUAUCUGUCUAGUCAGGGUUUCGAAGAAAGGAGUGUGGCCUUCUCCAUUGGAUUUCUAAGAAUCUUCUCUGUUACAUCAGAAACAGUUAAUGGAGACGCUCGUACCCAGGAUAGCAAACCAAGUGGGUUGCAUUUAACAAGUAAUGCAUCCUUCCCGACAGUUGUAUCCUGUUUCCGCCCUUAUCCACCAGGUUUGAAUGAGGCGACUUUUGAGCUACAGGGGGGGUAUACAUAUACUAUCAGGGAUAUGGUUCAGGAUGCAGACCUCGAUAGGGCGGUUAUUAAGUGGAACGAUGCUUAUGAGACCUCUAUGCAAGAACAGCGAGAAAAAUUUGGAAAAUGUGAAAGAGAUAAAUUCGCUGGUUUUUAA